AUGCACAAAAGGAUAGCGCAGAAGAAAGCAGUGACAGUGUUGAUGUCUGCAGCUCUAGAGCUGAACAGCCCACCGAGGCCUUCCACGUGCACACCACCCCCAGACUUCAGCCAGUGUUUAGUGGAACAGAGCUCCAUGGCCUCACAUCCAUUCAGCAACAGGAUGGCUUUACAGCAGAACUCAGUCAAUCUCGCCACAGAGAGACACCGCAGCUGUGAUAACGUUGAGCGUGACGGGGACUUUCUACAAAUAAGGUACGAACAGGUACCAACACAGCUGCCCAACAGCUGCUCUCAGCCCCCAGUGAUGCAGCAGAGCUUCAGUAAAGACAAGAGGCGUCUGAGCAAGACCAGCGGGAGCAGCAGUCGGGCUCGCCAGGAUGACCUGUCUUUGGGUAACAAGCGAGAGAACACUAAAUACAGCUCAUUCCGCUUCCAAACGCAAAUCAUGAAAAAACUGUGGGUGAAUGCUGGCAUUUUGGGCUCUGUUUCGGCUGCACUUGGCUCAGUUCUGUGGUCACAAAAAAACAAUGAAUCCGAUCAGACAAGAACAGAUCCCUCUUCUCCUUAUGAACUUCAACUAGUUCAAGUGUUGUUCCGACAUGGUGCACGGACCCCCCUGAAGUCCAUCCCUAAUGUCAUAGAGGCUCAGUGGGUACCAACUCUUCUGGAGCCUCCCCCCCACACACACAUCAAUUAUGUUGUAACAGAUCUCAGUGGUGGUCCCAGACCUCCUGCUCCUACGGAAGAAAACUAUCGGAAAAGUGUCUUGACCGGUGGCUGCUUUCCUGGUCAGCUGACCACACUGGGCAUGCAGCAGCUGUAUGAACUGGGCCAACGGUUAAGACAGAGGUACAUUGAAGACAGUGCAUUCCUCUCUCCUGAAUUCACCCCAGCCGAGGUUUAUGUCCGUUCUACUAACAUCUGGAGGACAAUUCAAUCUGCCAAGUGUUUGGUAGCCGGACUGUUCCAGCAAAAUCAAAAAGAAGCUCUGCCAAUACUGACCACUGGGGCUGAGGCUGAAAUACUGUAUCCAAACUUCCAAGGCUGUAAGCUGCUAAAAAUUGUUGGCGGGCACCGCUGGGCAGACUCGUCCACACUGCCAGACAUUGCAGCCGACCUGCAGAGUAUUCAGAAGGCGCUGGGCAUCGCAGCGCACCAGCAAGUCGACUUCAUCCUCAUUAGGGACGACAUGGUUGCCAGAGAGACUCAUGGCCUGCCCUGCCCACCCGCAUUGGACUCUUGGAGAGAUAAAGUGGAGCAGAGAGCAGUUGAUAUGAUGAAUUACAUCUACAACCCCAGCCAAAGGGAGAGCUUGCAGCUUUGUGUUGGUUCACUCUUGCACAUUUUUUUAAUAAAUAUUGAGAACAAACUGCAGAAGGUUUUACAGGAGCCAAACAGGAAGUUGUUUCUGUACUCUGCACAUGACACAACAUUGAUCCCAUGUCUCAUGGCUAUGGGAAUUUUUGACAUGCAAUGGCCACCUUAUGCUGCUGAUAUCACUCUGGAGCUGUACAAGCACAAACAAACCAAAGAACCAUAUGUCAAAGUCUCAUACAUUGGAAAAGACCAGUUACUUCCUGGAUGCAGUGGAGUCUACUGCCCCCUCUUAGAAUUCAAGCAGGUUCUCUCUGCCCACUCCCUGAGCUCAGACCAAUACCAGUCACUUUGUAACAGCAGAAAGCAUUUACCUAACUGA